CGAAUAGAGGGGCAUCUAGGGAAAUAAGUGGAAACGCACGAGUGUUGUGAGAGGGUUGUGUGGACGCACGAGAAGCAAGAGGGGUGCAACGAACCCUCUAGGCUCGGUUCGAGUCUACGGAGCUCGGAGUUGUGUUCGAAUCAUGGCGACACCCGACCCCGUAGACCCAGCCACCCUAGAGAUAAAGACCCGUAGCAUAGAACAGACACUACACCCACUAGUAAAGCAGAUUUCUACGUUAGUGUCGCACAGAGAACGUCCGCUAUGUUCGGACAGAAGUCUCCGUGCUGUUGCCAGAGUCGGACAAGCUGUGAAUCUGGCAGUAGAGAGGUUCGUCACUGUUGGCGAAACCAUCGCGGAUGGAAAUCCAGAGAUCAGGGAGGAUAUGUACCAGGCGUGCAAGAGAGCAAGAGAUGCUGGCUCGGCUAUCGAAAAAUUAUGCGAGUGCGCCACAGAAGACAGUUUAGCUGACCGAGGGUCUGUUGUCAGAGCUGCAAGAUGCCUUCUUGGUUCUGUAACCAAGGUCCUCCUUUUGGCUGACAUCGUCGUGGUCAAACAACUUCUUCUUGCAAAGAAGAAAGUGGCUCGUAGUCUUGGCCGUCUCGAAAGUGUUUCAAACUUUACCGAAUUUGUGAAGGCGUUUAGCCAGUUCGGGGCGGAGAUGGUGGAAUUAGCACACUUAACAGGUGAUCGUCAAAAUGACUUGAAAGACGAGAGACGAAGGGCACAGAUGGCUGCGGCUCGCCAAGUUUUAGAGAGAAGCACUAUGAUGUUGCUCACGUCUAGUAAAACUUGCUUAAGGCAUCCGGAAUGUCCAUCUGCCAGAGAAAACAGAGACACCGUUUUCUGUCAGAUGCGAAGAGCCAUGGACUUGAUACACUACGUGGUCAAAGACGGAGUAUUAGAUUGCAGUGAAUCGCAGUCUUAUUCCAAUUCCCAGAGUCCACAGCAAGAGGAUUGGGACAGUAGCACGGCAUUCUCCGCGUUGAAACACUUCGAAAGACUCGUUGAAACCACAAGAAUGACUCUCCUAGGACCAGGUUGUCGAGAGACCCUCACCGCCGCGUUAGAUACCGUUAUUGAGAGAACGCAGGAUUUCACUGAUAGCGCAUACACGACCCACGAGCACAGAGAAAACAUCCUUCUGCUUUGCGAUCGAGCACAACUCGAACUCAACACGCUCCUGCGAAUCGGCAACAGUAUGAAUUACGAAGGUGGCGGUGGUUCUCCAAGUUCUGAGAUGGAGCAAGCUGUCUUAGGAGUAUUACGUACCACCAGGGAUCUUCGCCAGCAGCUAUGCACGACCACGAUGGAACAAGCGGCUGAUCUUGGACAGGUAACUAAAGCGGGUCAGGAACUUGUUUCAACGAUCAGGAACGUCGCUUUGGCCAAUGACAGAUAUCUUCUUCAAGAAAGCAACGAAAAAUUUCGCGAAUACAUUGAACACAUUCUCGAAGUGUGCAAAAUGCUGAGACACGUUGCGCUCUCGGAAUCGUUGCAAGUUUCAGCCAAGUUUACCGAAAUUAACCUGAGAAUAUACGGUCCCCAAGUGGUGACAGCGGCAUAUACUUUAGCGAGACAUCCUACCAGUAAAAUCGCUAAGGAAAACCUAGAAGUGUUCGCCGACAUGUGGCAAUGGCUUAUGACUGAUGUGACCACCGUGGCGAAAGACGUACUCGAAUUGAAUCAAAACCGACCUGAAAAACAAGUUUACAUGUCCUUACCACGGCCUGGAAAACACGGUACAACGAGCAAACCACUGAAACCGGUAAAAUUGGACAGCGAAGAGCAGGCUAAGAUCGCAAAGGCAGGUCUGGAGAUGAAGCUGAUCACUUCGGAGAUGGAUGCGGAAACAGAGAAAUGGCAGGAAAGUGGAAGUGCCCUGGAAGAGAACAACGACAUCGUGAAACGCGCGAAGAACAUGUCCUCGAUGGCGUUCUCGAUGUACCAGUUCACCAGAGGUGAAGGGGCGUUGAAAACUACACAAGAUCUAUUCACCCAAGCUGAGUAUUUCGCCGAGGAGGCGAACAGAUUGUACAAGGUUGUGAGACAAUUCAGCUAUCAGGUACCGGGCGGACCGCACAAGAAAGAACUCUUGGAAAAUCUUGAUCGUGUGCCAACGUAUGUACAGCAGCUUCAAUUCACCGUGAAGAAUCCCACCGUUGGAAAAGCCGCCACUUUUACCAAAGUCGAUAACGUGAUACAAGAGACAAAAAAUUUAAUGAACGUGAUUUCGAAAGUGGUGACCACGUGUUUCGUCUGCGCCACAAAGUACAACCUGGAUUUCCGAGGUCUGUCGGCGCGUGGGGCCGGCGGCUCGCCGUACAGGGGCGGAGAGGGUGCAGGCGCCGAUGGCGACGGUGGCGGUGCUGGUGUCGACGGCAGCAAGACGGGCUCCGCCCCCGGCAGCGACCCGUCCGUCUGACAGUUUGGGAUGGCCCGACGGGCCAAGGGGGACGCUCGCCGCACUCGGGUUUCCUUUCUACUUUUCUAGGAAGAACCCUCGCCUGCCCCAUCGAAACGUACACGUCGGGCUCCCUCGAUUCCCUUUGAGAUCCCAACGGAAUCUUACAGAUUUUCGACGGGAUUUCCAAUCGUACCAACCAAUCGUUUAUGUUUAUUCGGUUCCCAAAGUUUCUUAUUCAUUAAGCCUUAUUUCGCGAAUGAUACACGUAGCAUCGAAAUGUCAAUUUCGUCGAGAGAAAUGCCGAAUUUAAAAAAUUCUAUACGUUUGAAUAAUUAUCUUCUACUUGUUAAAAAAUAUGUUUAUCUAAAGUCAUGUCGUAGCAAAAUAUUACAAAUAGAUCCGAGAAAUCCCAUCGAAAGAACAGAAUGUUUUCAAACUAAUAUUUUUCGAACACACGCGAUUAUUCUAGUCUACAAUUUUUAACAAAGAACAGACGUUCAUCGAAUCACGUCGAGGAACGAAUAUCGAACAAACGAAUGUGGUCGAAUCGUCCUUCCGAAAAGUUGGCCGAAACGAACGAUAAAGUUCGAUGAAACCUUCGUUACAAGUUACAGGUUUCGAUUAACGAAUGGAAGGAAUUCAAUCUUAUUUCAAAUUUUACCGGUGCUAUCCAAAAUUACCAAUCGACUGGUUCCUUGAUUAACUAAGGAUUAUCUAGGAGAUAAGCUGACCGUGUAAUUUCUUACGAGCACAUUGUAUUUGCAUCCGACGAGUGGAUUUUGAAAGCGCGUUUGCUUUUUAAAGAGAAAAUUUAGAAUUUAGAUUAUCGACGUGUACGUUUCUCAAUCGUAAUUUGCUUCGAGCACAAGCUACAUGUAUUCCACCGAUUAGCCACGGUACACGCGUAAUCUUUGCGUUGCUCAAUAUAGAAAAUGAAACGGGUUUUCCGUUCGAGAAACGGUUCCGUGUCGCUUCGCGUGACUGCCAUGAAACGCAUGACAGGAACCAAUAGAGAAUCACGAGAAAUUUAGGUACGCUUUGGCACAAAAAAACGCACGCGUCAAACCGUGCAAAGAAUCAAGAACACAAAGAAUGUUAAAGCGCAUUCGUUGGCAUUUUAAAAGAUAUACGAAAAAGCUUUUUCCUUGGAAAAGUAACGGCUAUUUCUAUUUUCCAAAAUUUUCAUGUAAUCGCAUAAAAUUAUCUUAAACGUGUUUCGACGCGUACGUUUAAAGUCGUGUUUGCUCCGAACACGACCCAUUUACGGCUGAACGGAACGUAAACUGAACGUCACUCGAAACGAACAAUUUUUCCUGUGCCCUUUUUACUCUCUUCUUUAGAAUUUCAUCAUGCGGUAAAUUUUAUCCUGCAAUGUAUCUAUGAAUAAAACGAACAAGACGAGCGAUUUAGAAUCUAAAGCAUCGUCGAGUUGUGCGAUGAAAUUCAAUGUUCACAGCGGCAAUAAUGCAGCCAUAUCAGAAAAAUCGACGUCCGAUGAGCGAACGGUAAAACUGUUUGGAAUAAUUAACGCCGUUGACAGAAGCCACUUUACGCGGCUUUUGUUCGAAAAGUCCUUUCGCCGAAACAACGAUCUGCGUAGGUAACUUGUUCCCUUCGUCCGUGACAGUAUGCAAUGCCUCUAUUGUCAUAUAUGUUGCUGUUGCUGCCGCUGUUUUAAAAUCCAUUCAACUUUCCGCGUGAUAUAUCGAACGAUAUACAUACGUGUAAUUCAGGUGGCAGCGAAGCAAACAUUUCAACGCAGCACGUUUCAUCGUUAACAAGUUGUUUUGUCUUUUGCUGCACUGACUUUAAUCAUCUCUCUGUCUCUUCGUUCGAGAAUUUCUGAACGACUCCAUAUGCAAAAAAAGAAAAUUCUAAAACGAAAGAAACUCGUUCUUCCAUGUAGAAAAGUUGGUGCAACGACAAUAAACUCGAUCGAAAUGUCUUUUAAACAUCCGCUUACGCGUCUCACCAACUGAUUUUUCAACAAAUUUCCCCACUUUCUCUCUUCGUUACGUCACGUCACGUCAUGUAUCUUUCAUCGUUAACGCAACGUGCUGCGAGGCAUUACGCUUCUCAAGAUUCGCUUUUGAUGUUCAGCAGUUAACUAAUAUCUCGCCAAUUAACGUAUGGCAAGGUAUUAAACGCUUCGAUAGACAAACAGUCUCGCUUGUUACCUGAACAAUGGCUAUGCGUGACGAAGCCUGGAAUCUGAUUCUUUGAAUUUUCAAACUUUUUGCACCGUCGCACUAGGAAGCUAAGGAGAACGCAAACCUCUACGAUUUUAUAUUAUAAUACUAUACCAAAUAUUCGUUCGGCGUUAUUUUUAUUUAUAACAAUAGUCGUCAGAUCAAGACGAUAUGAUGUUACUAAACAUAAAUUACUUUCAAGUUAUAGAGGAUUAAUUUCACAAAGAGAUUGUUCUUUAUGUUUUAAAUUCAAAUCGCUUCCUUCUACAUAUGUAUAAAGGUAUUCUCCUGAACUUCGGACAUUUGACACGCUAAAAGCUUCGAUUAAAAAUAACUCAGGGUAAUCAAAUUCCACGCAAAGAGAUAUCGCGCGAGAACGAACACUAUUCGUUUCAUGAUCCGAGACUUUUGCUUUUUACACUCUCGAAUAACAGAUAAUUUAAUAAUUGACUAUCGGAUGUAGGCUACAGAUUUUGUGAAUGAUGAAAUCACGAGAACAAGAGCACAGCUUGAAUGAUGGGGCAGGAGAUGGUUAUCGAGGGUGACCUGGGGGCGGCAGCAGGGCGGUCAGGGACGUACUUUGUGGCAAAGACACCGUUAGACGUGCACGAUAACCGAAAUCUCGUGGCUCGAGCUCCGUUAACUUAAAACGAAUCGAUUGCUCCACUCGAUCAAACCCUAUAUGCGUCAACGUAUUUCUUCAUUCUUCCAAAAACGCGUGUUUCGUGUUGAAAUUAACAUUUGAUCAGGCCGAGUCGAGUCAAGCCAACCGCCUCGACGAAUGAAAAUGAAAAUCGUGCUCGUAAUUGUAACACUUCCACGCAGAGUCGUCUUUGAAACCGCUGACGAAACGUCUGUUCAUUCCCUCUCGUCGGAGAAACGGAAAAUAAUCAAGAUUCGACUUUGGGAUCUGACUUUGGGGUUUGACCUGACGCGGACCGAAAUGGAGAAGAAUCAUCGCGAUCGGUGACUGUGCACGAGCAACGUUCCCUACGUUUUUUUAUUUCAUCAGUUGACGGUUCAACAAAUUUCUAUCCACAUUGAGCAUUAUGCAUUACGAUUAUAUACAGUUACGCUGUACCGUAUAAAUAUUGAUCCGACAUAUCGUCCCAUGCGUUCUUUGUACGCUAUGAAAGUCGACAUUAGAAAUCGGAAGACACGAGCACGAAUCGUUGCUCUGUUUCAUUGGAUCCGAUUAACAGUCAGAGUCCGUUCCCGUCAUCUUCCGCCAGUCUCUAUGCGUAUUCGUAAAUACAGACCACAGAAAGACGUUAAACGAGCUUCCUCUCAACGAACCAGACGAAGCCAAGCCCAAAGAGAUUUAAAAAUAAACCAGUCGUUCUGCCACGGAAGUAACGACUUUGACGAUUAGCAUUAGCAUUAGUAACGUUGCAUUCGACAGACGACUGAAACGUAAAAAUCGAUUGUACAUAGAGCCAUAAGUUAUACGCGAGCUAAAUGUCGACCAGUCAUGCAUUUCUCGUACUUACAUAUAUAUAUAUAUAUAUAUAUAUAUAUAUAUAUAUAUAUAUAUAUAUAUAUAUAUAUAGAAGAUCGAUUCUGUAUGUAGUAUACAGAGUUGGCACAAAGAAUGUGACCGAUCACAGGAGUUUAUGAAGAGAAACGGGUCGUAGAUGUCGAUGAUGCAAAGUCGUGCUAUAUUCCAGAUACGAAUGUAAUCGCGAUAAUUUGAAACGAUAUUAAUGUACUCUCUUUACGGAAAUAUCGAUCGACUUUACUUCACCGAUCAAAAGAGAUUGAAAAUAUGAUCGAUGUAACGUUGCGAACGAUCGAUCGUAGGCGAACGAGACGCAUGCGAUAUCGACGAAGCCUCCGAUCGAUGAGAAUUCGUUGAUAGAUCCUCGAGAUGUUCCUAGGGUGUAAUUACGCGAAUCCGCGUUCUCGUAUUGCGUACGCGUAACCUCGCAGGAAUAUAAUAACCGACUUGUUAUAAGUUGUAACACACGUACGCGACGCGUUUGUACAAACUCUGUAUCAUACUUUAUCCGCGGUCUUUUAGAGUAUAUGAUAAUGAUAGAGCUCGAUCAGUUGUUAAGGGGGUAAGCUUAAGUUUCUUUUCUAUAAAACAGCACAAAUAUUUUAUAAGGAGAAACCGAGAAGCGAGUUUCCGCGUAAGCGUUCAGUUGAUCAUCUCAUUACCGAAUCAAGUUAGUGUGAAUCAUAGAUAUCGUUAAUAAUCAGAAACUAUUUUCAGAGCUCUAUCGUCAGGUCUCAGGUCUCAGGUCUCAGGUCGAGGAAACCAAACUUUCCCUUCGGCAUGAAGGUGUUUUGUCGAUCGAGUUACCGUACAUACAAGGCUUUCAAGGAAAGCAUUUCAAUUUUGAUCUGAAUCUUUUCAAAUAAUUCCACCGUUAGUUAUAUCUUUAAAGUUCGAACGAAUGUUGUAGUCCAUACUAUCCAAGGAAUAUGUUUCACGCACACUGAUCUUUCACAAGUAGAAUUGAACUUAGACGCCACAUUGGAUCCAUACGUUUUGCGCGAAGAAAAUAUGCAAAGGUAUCCAAAAUAUUUAGAGGACGAAACGAAUUUCUGUCUUUACUUCUUUAGUUGCGAAUCUGCAAAGUCAUCUGCGGUCUAUCUCUUCUGGGCAACGUCCAUCUCUAGCCGAAUUAUCCCAACUAAAGACCAUCCCAAUUGCCAUUUCUACAACUUUCGUUAUACGUAUACAUAUACCUUGUAUCUCUCUCUCUAUAUUUCUAUUGUGUUUCUAUUAGAAAUCCAACAGAUUUCAGAAUAUAAAUACAUCUUUAUCUCUCGUGAAUUCGGUUUCUACAUUAAGAUUAUUCGAAACGAUGAUCUUCGAUAGUGCGUUCAUUCGAGAUCUGAUAGCACAGUUUUGCGUUGGAUCGGCUUCGUUGUUUCCUAUCUGAAGUGGAGUUCGUAUAUUAACAUUAAUACCAAUGGUGAUAGUAAAUAUAUAGUUGAUCGAAAUUCUAGUUGUUGUAUAGAGGUCAGUUGAUAAGUGUAACGUGUAUCGAUAAUAUCGUUAAGUAUAUUGACAGCAACAAUAAUGAUUAUAUGGCUAGCAUUCACAGUCGUGACACUAUGGUAUAUUCCAGAAGCUUGGCAUUCGUAUUCCAGAAACAAUUGACGAACACUUUUCGUUCAUCGCUGUUCGAACGUCUCGUUAGUCUCUCUCUCUCCCCACCUCCGUGUACUUAUACAUUGUCUCGAAUUUGUAAUUCUAUUAUAUGUAUCCAUAUGUAAUUCUACCUCAAUUCGUAGCUUAGAUACCUCCCUAAGAAGGAAAAGUUUCUACUCGUGGAUAAACGAUAUUGUAUUUAGGUGUUAUCUGCGUUUCGAUCAUUGAUCAAUCCCAAUUUGUCGGCAUAUAUGUAAAUUAAAAUGAAUUCAACAUCUUAGAAAAAAAUAAAAAAUCGGCGAGAAAAGCUGAUAGGAAAGAAGAAACGAGGUAUUCGUUAAUCGUCAUUAGAUUUGGUUCGAUCGAAUUCGUUGACGAAAACAACAAUUGUCACACGAAGCAACGCGCGAGAUACAUUUUCCAGGAGCUCAUCGUUCCCAUCGAUUGUGCCUAUCUUCUUCUAAAUGUUAACACGUUUUUACUGGAAACCACACACGUGCGUGUUACGCCUGUAUACGCAAAAUACAUACAUAUGUACUUAUUUAUAUCCUGUACAACGUUCGUUUUGUAACUGUUUUAUGCUCUCGACAAAAACAGGAAAACAGAACAUAAAACUGGCAACGAACGAUGUACAUAGCGAAAAUUUUAAUGUCCAUCUAUAUAUACAUAAUACGCAUAAUAUGUAUCAUUACGUGAAUACUAAAUACUAAAUACCGAUGAUUGCUGUUAGUUGGACUAUUUCGUGCCUCUGGUGUAAUAUUAUCAAUGAUUGAUAUUUCAUUGUGUCCUGUUUUUCUUGAAAAGAAAACGACAAACGAAAAAAGAAACUGAAAGAUAAUAUGAGUGAAAGCCGGUAUGAGAAAACCAAGUAGCCUUGUGACAAGCAUCUGAAACGAAGAAAAACGUGAUUCGUAGAUUUAAAAAGUGAACGAUCAGAUAUUCGCAUGUUUUUCUUGUCCGAGUUGUUGUUGUUCUCCUUGUUCUUUUUUUUCAUCUUUUCAAUUAAUCGAUCCAUUAGUAUAACUCUAAAAAAAGAACAGGUAAAAGUUGUCCAUUUAUACCUAAUUUAUCGCACAAUUUUCUAUUUUAUAAAUUCCUUGAGAUCUUUUAUUUUUAUUUGAAUCUAUUUUCCAUAAAUUUGUCCGUUAGCGUAUUCUUGACUCAAAUCUACGUUGUAUGUUUUGUUUGUUCGGAAAGAUCGUGCCGAUUUUUAGAGAAAUAAAAAACAUUUUCUUACUCAUUUCGAUGUAUUAAAACUCCAACUGAAGGAGACGAUUACAAGCUUUCUGGACAACCGGUAUAUCAUUCUCCGAGUAUUCGAUCGAUCACGGUUGCAUCCAAAUUAUUAACCAAGUAAACAUUUAAAUAAUUAUUAAUACAAAAGUCACUAGGUUACUAGACAAUCGCAUUUAAAUGCGAACAAUCGAUUCUACAAUCUUAGUCUUUCCAUUUUUUAACGAUCGAGCAGAUGAUGUAGAUAUCAUGCUUCGUACAUCGGUCAUUCUGAUCUGUUGGUCCUACGUUAGUCAGAUUUUAGAUAAAUAUCGAUGACAAUAAUUUCGGGUAAUUACUUUCACGUUUGUUCUAGCAAAUGUUUGAGAUUCUAGUAGAACGUGCGCACUUGAUAACAGGAGCAUGUCUAUAUUUUUUGACGUUAUUCAAUCGCAACGUAAUUGAAUUUCCGAACGAUGUUUAGAUCGUAAACGAUCUAAGACUCCCCAGGAAUUUUUUAUAUUUUUCUGGUCGAAUAAGACAAUCUUUGUUGAGUCGAACGAUUGCUUGAUCGUAAACGACGUGAAAGUAAAGUCAGUGUUAUUGAUGCGACGAUCGUACUAUUUCUUUCUCCUUCCUUAAGAAAUUAUGAACUAUAUGAAAAAAUGUGAAGAAAUGUGAUAUAUGAUUUGACUAUUAUUUUUGUGAGCAUUUAAUAAUAUUUGAUAGUUUUCUUUGAACAGUGAGUACAAAUAUGACAAGCGUGUUUCUUUUAAUUGGAGUUUUAAUAGUUUGAAUAUUACAAUAGAACAAUGUAAAAGAGCUUCACGUAAUUUUAUAACAAAGUACAAAAUAGUCUUUUAAACCAACAUAGAAUAUAACAAUUGAUAUAUUAAAUGUCUAAUAAAAAAGAUAAAUUUAAACGUAUAGGUAUCACUUUAGUAUUAUAGAAAUAAUUUUUGUUCUAAAUAAUUCGAUAUACAUAUAAACCAGGUAUAACUAUAGCUAUCGUUCCAUCAUAAUUGUCAAUAUGUUAAUGUAUUAAUAAGAAUUCAGAAAAAAUGUUGAAAUAUAGUUCAUAGUCUUUUAAAAAAAAGGGAGGGAGGUGAAAAGAAAGAGAAUCGGUGAUGUUGCGCCAACAACGCUAACUUUUUAAUUUCUGAAAUUUGCUUCUCGCUCACUUGCAACUUCCCACAUAAAAAACUACAUACCAGAUACUACUAAAUUUUUGACCGUACAUUGUAACCAUAAAAAGAUAAUAUAUCAGUAACGCGGACAUUAAUUAAUGUAAAGAAAAAGAAGUAAAUAAGACGUACUAUUCGAUCCUCUCUUUUUAAUUGUAACUUUUUGUAUAACGUAUUUCAUAAAAUUACUCGAGAGCUCUCUUCAAGUAUAUAUACUAUACGUGUAUAUUAUGAGCUUAUAGUAAUUAAUAUAUCUACAAAAAAACAUCGAUAGAUUAUUGAAUAGAGUUCGUUCGGUAGCUAAAUCUGUCUUUACUUGAUGUAUCUCAACAGAUUUGAUUCUUAAUCUACAAUUGAAAGAGAAAAAGGAAAAAGGAAAAACGCUCGCGCAAACACGCCAAAAAUAAGUCGUACGCUUUAUUUUUAUUCAAUUUUAUGCAUAAUUAUUUAACGUUUAAAGAAAAAAGAGCAAAGGUAUUAUUAUACAACGCGUGGACUCAGUGCGAGAAAAUAAAAUAUAGAUUUUUCUACAUUUUAUUAUUGCGACUGAUCGAUGUUAAAACACAAUUGCAAUUUCUGCGAUUAAAGUCGUCGAACAUGUGUUGCGCAACACGAUUUACAAAAGGAAAGAAAGGAAAAGAAAUACAAAAAAUAAAAAAUAUACGUAUAUGUAUAUGCAUAUGUAUACGUAGCUGUUAACGUUACUUCUCUCGGGAUUGACAAAACUUCAGUAUCCACUAAACGGUUAAUUGAGAACACGAAGUAAAUGUGCACGAAGCCGUAGUCGUAUAGAAUCUCUUCUCUCUCUGUAACGCCUUUAACAACAAAGAAAAAAAUCGUGUGACGUAUUUUUCGGAUGUUUCAAUAUUUGUCUAAUCAUUUUCGUACCGAGUGUCCCUCAACAAGCGUAUAUAACGUUAAUCGCGGCAAGCGGUGAUAAUAUUUAAAAAUUACAUGUAACUCGGGUCGUGUGUUAUUCCGAUAUAUGUUUCAACGGAAACUUAUGCCAUUUUUUAAUAAAUUGCAACUACGUAUCACUUCUUUUUCUUUUGUUAUAUAGAAAUAAUUUACUACAUUCGCUAUUUUAACUUUUUAAGUUUCCAUUUUUUUGUGCCAUUUUUCUACUCGAUCGUGUUCAAAUACAAGAAGAAAACCACAUGCAUUUGAACGUUUAUAUGACAAUCUAACGUCAAGCAUUCGCGCAAAUCGCAUAUGUUGAAAGGGUAACGAAGAAUCGAAAAGGGCACGCCGUUGUUUUCACCCCAACUCGUGACGAAUCUGAUCACCCAUUUCAGAAAGAAAAAGGAUAAACUUAUGUUUCGACAACAUUUUCAUGAAGAAUCUUUCUUUUUGAUAUCUAUACCUGUGUAUAUCUUUAAGCGGGGUGUCGUAAUCCUAUGUGUCGCGAGUGAAUCUCUGAUCUUACGUCGACGAAGUGAAUUUUUGAUCAUUUUGAUUCAGGAGUGGACGAAGAAAUAAUUAGAGGAAACAGAGACAAGGGGAAGUUGUCAAAUUGAUUCAUUUGUUGCCUACACGAAACAGCUGAUGUUUAGUUUACUUACAAUUAAUUAACAGUCUUUUCUUCUUUUACCGAUAUAUAGUAAAACUUCCAGCGUUCAAUUUAUUAGGAAGAUUUAACCGAAUGACUAAAUAUUCAUAUUUUCAUACAGUUUAUUCUCUAUAUUUUAUUUGAAGAAAGUGAAAAGAAUAAUAUUUCUGUCACUAACAACAACGAAGAUAUGAUAUAAAUAUAAUAUUAUUUCAAUUACUUCUUUCAAUCGAUAUUAUCUACCGUUCUUCCAGUUCGUCUCUGUAUAGUCUGCGGUGAGAGUCGAAUAGUAAGAAUCUGUAUCGUCUAUUUAGUGCGAAUAGAAUAUUCCAACUUGAUUCUAAAAUAGAUUAAAGAAAUAAUGGAUCGAGCUCAUUUAACAGUUAAUUUUCCCAGUUCUAACGAUUCAUCGCAUCAGGAAUUUAAGAACCUAUAAUAAUGUGAUCGUUCGAUCACUGAAUUAUACGGUUCGGUUCGAUUAUUAAAUUAGCAGGGGUGAGAAAUCGAAUGCCAUUAAAAAAAAGGUAUUAUCGAUUCUGCCACUAAUUUCUUUCUCUUCUCCUCAUUCGACUGUUCAACGUGGGGCUGUGAUUGUCACUAAAACAAAAAACCAAAAAAGAAAAAAUACAAAGAAAGAAAUAAAAUGGCCCUAGCACGAUGUGGGGUAAAUUUUUCAAACGGCGUCGCAUUCGUUUCGUUCUUUGCCGUGACUUCUUAGCGAAAUAGAUCGUUCAAAGACGACGAAAACUUGCGAAUUAUAGAAUAUUUCGUAUAAUUUCGUCUGAACACACGCCUUCGUAGUUCAUACGGUCUUCCCAACGAUGCUUAAUGUUUCCUUGUUGAAAGAUUAAUUUGUAAUAAGAACGCGAGCGGUCGGAGAAACAGCCGCAAGAUUUGAGAUAUGAGAUUUCUAUUGUAGAUUUUUUUAAUAGAAGGAAGUUCGUUUUAUCCAUGGUAGGUUCGGUUUUACGCUUUAAGCUGCUAUGUGUGAAAUUGCGUAAUAGUUGAGAAUGAGAGAAAGAAAGAGAGAAAGAAAGAGAGAGAGAGAGAGAGAGAGAGAGAAUGAGAAAGAAUAUUGAGAAUUAAAAGAAAAAAACGCUUACCUACCUGCGAUAAUUUAUUACCGAACGUUUCAUUUAUAUCGACGAUAUACGGCAAAAGAUACGAUAUCGAUCGUAGAUGAAUUUAGCGUAGAUAGGUUUCGUACUUCGUAUUUAAUGAACAUUAUUGAAUCAUUGUAUAUUGGAUUAUUGUAUAUCAAGUAUUUCAUGUAUUGAAGCCGCAGAGGACAACUGAAAAUAAAUAAUUGUAACCAAAAAAUUGAAAGCUUCCUUAAUCAAGCUUUGAAUUAGUGAGAAAUAUAUACGCAAAAAUUAUGAUGGAUACCCGUGCUUAGAAAUUUAAUAUCCGUGUCAUAAUUUAAUUCUACUUAAAAAAAAUUGAUUAAUAUACAAAAAAACAUAAAGAUAAUAAUUAUGAGUUCGAGAUAAAAUAAUGGUAAGAGGAUCAGAUGACUCACAAAAUGCGGGAUACGAAAAAGCAUUGUAUAUGUCAGAUCUAUCGAUAAUUCCCAAAAUU